UCCGUCCCAUCUGUCCCAUCCCACCAUCCCAUCCCUCUGCUGCCCCCGCUGGCGCUUCCACGCUUGUCGCUGCCCUUGGGCCCAUCGCCCCUCGCUGUCCUCCGUCGCUAUAUGCCCGUGCGUCUCUCAACCAUGCUCCGCCGCAUCUUCCUUCUCGCCAUCGUCCUGGCCUCGCUCUUCAUCCUCACCCACCAGCAAACCACCAACUCCAACUCCAAUGUGACCGCCGCCCUCCAGGACCUAUGCACCCAAAUGCCCGGCAUGCCCGGCUGCUCUCUGCGGUCCACCUGCCAGUCGGCGUCAGCCACCAUCCCGUCGCCGUACUGCACACCCCAAUCCCUCCUCACCGACAUUUGCGUUGUCGAUGGCAUGAGCGGCAUGACCUCGUGCUCGGGAUACAGCUCCAUUUGCCCCUCGCAGACCGGCAACUGUGCCCAGCUGCCUGGCAUCCCCACCUCCAAGACCCUGGCCACCCAGAUCCAGUCCAUCUGCACCCAGAUGACCAUGGACGGCUGCGAAAAAUGCCCGAAGCUUCAGAAUCCGGCCACCAAGCCUGUCUACGACGACUGCGACAUGCUCAGCGUCUACUCGAUGCUCUGCCAAGCCAUGCCCAACAUGGCCCAAUGCUCGACCUAUGCCGCCUACUGCGCUGACUCUUCGCCCCUGAGCGCCUCGCCCUACUGUCCCGCUUCUCCACAGACCAGCGCCCCGGUCAUGAAGAUGUAUUUCCACACCGGCCUGCUCGACUAUGUCCUCUUCGAGUCCUGGGUGCCCCGCACCACCGCCCAGUUUGUCGGCUACUGGUUCUUUGGCUUCCUCCUCGGCGUCUUGUUCGAGUUCCUGCAGGGCUACCACCAGAUCCUCGAGGCUCAGUGGACCGAGCAGAUGCGAAUCGCCAGGAAGGUCAGCGCCAAGGCUUCGGCAUCGAGAGCCAACAACGCCGAGGCCACUUCAACGGCGCACUCGGCUGCCGAUACGGCCUAUACGCCCAUGGCCCCGGGCACCUCGGGUGGUCUCAAGACCAUCUGGGGCCUGUUCAAGACUCCAUCGCCCCUCUCGAACCGGCGGCGUGUGCAUGUGUCGUUCAUCCGGGCCGUCUAUCGCUUCGUCACCGCCACGAUUGCCUACAUCCUCAUGCUCAUCACCAUGACCUACAACGUGGCCCUCUUCUUCUCUGUCGUCGCCGGCCUGGCCGUCGGGACCUUCCUGGUUGCCCAAAAGGUCAAGGAGAUUGUUCUCAUCGCCAUCAACAGCAGCGAUCGCCCUGAAGAGCCCGAGACGACCACCGCCGCCGCUGAUCUGUGCUGCUGAUUUGUGCCGCUGAUUUGUGCUGCUGUUUCGAAUAAAAUCGAUGCGCGAUCACCACAA